GAAAAGUCCAAAAACAUACAUGCAAAUUGCAGAACACUGCCAUCAGUGUUGGUGAACGUUUUCACUAAUGUCCUCGACAUCCAUGAAGAAGAGCAGAAGGAAUGGAGAGGUCCAUUCGGCUUCAUCCUUUGCAGACCUCCAGCUGGAUCUGAUGAAGGCCUGGAGGGAGGGGGACUGCGACGGGGAAGGGGACGAGUGGGCCGAAGAGGUCCAACUGACCCAGCAGGCUGUGGAGGCCAUUAACAAGCUGUGCCGCAGGCCCAAGUUCAUGGUGCUGUGUGGGGACAUGGUCCAUGCCAGGCACCCCGUUCCGGGAGGGGCAGGCGCGGGACUUGAAGGUGGCUCUGAGGGGUACAGACCCCUCCAUCCCUCUGGUGUUUGUCAGUGAGAACCAUGACCUGGGUAACACACCCACCCCGGAGACUGUAGGCCAGUUCUGCAACGCCUGGGGAGACGACUACUUCAGCUUCUGGGUGGGUAGAGUGAGAUGAAAACAUACUGUAGAAGGAGAUUGUACAAAGCCCUUACAGUCCCUUAUAAAAACACUGGUCAUUUUGACCCAGAUAGAAACAAUUGGCCUAUAGCAUGAAUGGUAGGGGCAGAGUGCCAGCCCUUAGCUAACACUUUAAUCCAAUGUGAAUUAGGCUACGACUGUUUUGUUUGUUUAUUUGGAUCCCCAUUAGCUUUUGGAGAAGUAGCAGCUACUCUUCCUGGGGUCCACAAAUAACACAAAACAUGACAAGUAACAAAAAACUGAUAGACAAGGACAGUCACACAAAUGUUGCUCUGAACAGGUGUCAUUUUAGAUUCUGAACUCUAUUUCGAUCGUGCAUCUGUUUCUCUCUCAGGCUGAUACAGAGAGACUCAUCCAUGAUUUUAUUAAAAGCAGGCUUGACUACUGUAAUGGUCUCCUGUCUGGUCUACCCAGGAAAGCCAUUGGUCAACUGCAAAACAUACAGAAUGCAGCAGCACAGGUAAUGACCAAGACCAGACGGAGAACACACGACACCGGUUUUAAGGUCUCUGCACUGGCUGCCUAUGAGUUUUAGAAUUCAUUUUAAGAUUCUUCUAUGGGUUUUUAAAUCAAUCCACAACUGUGCACCCCAAUACAUGUCAGACAUACUUUUAAGUUAUGUACCCAGUAGGUCCCUCAGGUCCUCUGACACUGGCCUUUUAACUAUCCCAAAGCCUAGGACAAAGAGGCAUGAAGGCAGCCUUUAGUUAUUAUGCCCCCAGCCUAUGGAAUAGCCUGCCAGAGAACCUGAAGGGGCCAAAACUGUGGAAAUUUAUUGAGAUCUUAGUGUGCUUUUUAGUCAUUCCGUUUUUAUUGUUAUUCUUUAGUUUUUUUAUCCUAUUAUGUUUGUUGUGUAGUAAAAGUUUCACUGUUUUUUAUUUGUUUUUUUCUGUGAAGCACAUUGCGCUGCAUUCCAUGUCUGAAAUGUGCUGUAUACAUAAAGCUUGAUAAUGACAUAAUCUAAAUAACAUUAACCUAUACUGUAAUCCCAACCCAGCUGUUCUUUGGUGUGUGGGCCUGCCCGGACCUGAGAGACGUCCAGGAGGCCUGGUUAGAGGGCCAGCUGCAGAAGGCCUCCCAGGGGCCUGGGGUCACUCCCAAACAAGCCUUUAAUUUUAGUAAUUUAACUUGAAUUAAACUUUAUUUAGGAGAGAAUCCUAAUUUCCACUAAAAACAUAUUUUCACUUCAUGCAUUGAUGUCUAGGAAGGCUUUCCACUAGAUGAUAGAACAUUGCUGUUGGGACUUGCUUACAUUCAGCCACAAUAUAUAUAUUUUUGAUUUAUUUCACCUAUAUUUAACCAGGUAGGCAAGUUGAGAACAAGUUCUCAUAUACAAUUGCGACCUAGCCAAGAUAAAGCAAAGCAGUUCGACACAUACAACAACACAGAGUUACACAUGGAGUAAAACAAACAUAGAGUCAAUAAUACAGUA